AUGUCGAAAGCCAAUCGGAUAAAAGGCUCCUGGCCAGGUGUGAGUUGUAAAGCCUGUAAUGAUCCAGAUAACAGCCGGAUGGUUUGCUGUGACGACUGUGGUUUAUGGUAUCACUUCAAGUGCGUGGGCGUUGAUGAAGGCAUCGAGGAUGUGGACUGGAGUUGUGCAACAUGCGAAGCUAAACGUACAGCUAACAGCGCAUCCGUCAUCAUUACGGUACCUGUACAGGGUGGAGCGGAACCAAGGUCAGAGGAAAACCAAGUGCAAAACGAGCAACUUAAGCAGUUUCAACUAAAAAUGGAUCAGAUGCAGAAUAAAUUUGAAGAACAGCAGCGGGCCUACGAGAAGCUACUUCGUGAAAAAGACCGCGAGUUGCAGAAUGCUGUCAGUGAUUUGCACCACCAGUUUCAGCGUCGAAUGGAGAAGCGAGAGAAGCAAAUACGAGAGGAGUUAGUUGUUCCAUCCGGUGUUCCUCCACCUAACGCGAAUUCAACGACUUUAGGAACGGAAAUCCGAGCAACGGGCGACGUGUAUAAAGCGAUCGAGCGGAUGGAAAGACAACUUAUGGAGAUGGCAAGAAAGCAAGAUGUCCAAACGAAGUGCCUUGAGAACCGAGUGAAAGCGAUGGAAAUCGGUGAAUCUAUCCCACCGAGGAAUGAUCUUGCGAUCGAAGAAGAAACAGUGAACACGGCUCACGAGCUCAGCAGAAGUCAACUUGCCGCACGGCACGCAGUUGCGAAAGAACUUCCUUAUUUCUCAGGCAAUCCGGAAGAAUGGCCUCUGUUCAUUGCUACUUAUGAGAGUACUACCAGGAUGUGCGGUUAUAGUGAUGAAGAAAACCUACUUCGACUUCAGAAAAGCUUGAAGGGAAAAGCUCUAGAAGUAGUGCGGAGCCGUUUGUUAUAUCCAGCAGGGAUCGAAGGUGUCAUAAACACGUUAAGGACGUUAUUCGGCAGGCCGGAAGUGAUUGUACACUCAUUAGUAUGCAAGAUUCGGGAAAUGCCCGCGCCGAAGACAGAGAAGCUUGGAACUCUGAUCGAUUUUGGCGUCGCCGUCCAGAAUAUGUGUGCAACGAUCGUGGCUUGUGGUCUAAACGAGCAUCUUUGCAACGUGGCACUCCUUCAAGAGCUCGUCGAGAGACUGCCACCAACUAUUAAGCUCGAUUGGGCGAGAUUUCGUCAUGCACUAAAUGCGGUUACACUGUCGGACUUUAGCAAAUGGCUUGGUACGCUCGUGGAAGCGGCAUGCACAGUAACGGUUCCGUCGUCAAUAAGCAGCUACGCAGGCAAACCAGAGAAACGAGGUCGAAGGGAGGAAGUGCACGUACAUGUCGAGACGACUUCUAGUCCAUCUCUUGUUCCAGUGGUUCCUUUCAGGACUACGCCGAAGCCAGCGUUUACUCAGUGUGUCCUUUGUCACGGAGAAUGCGGAAAUAUAGGCUCAUGUAAAAUGUUUCGGGAAAUGGAUAUCGAUGCUCGGUGGGCAGCACUGAAGCAGCACAAGUUGUGUCGUAAAUGUUUGACAAAACAUUUCGGAGCGUGUACGGUUAGGCAAGCUUGCGGAAAGAAUGGUUGUACUUACAUGCAUCACCAAUUGUUACACGAUGAGGCCAGAUAUCAACGACGAGAGCUUCAACAAGCAUCACUUCCUCGUGGUAGUUCAGAGACAUCCGUCGAAACCUGCAACACGCAUUCAAGUAACGUAGGAAAGGUAUUGUUUCGAUACGUCCCGGUGCUUCUACAUGGACGAGGCAAGUCUGUCAGUACGUUCGCCUUUCUGGACGAUGGUUCAUCGGUCACACUUAUGGAACACAGUUUGCUAAAAGAACUAGAUAUUCAAGGUGAACCGUAUCCUUUGUGUCUCGAUUGGACAUCAGACUAUCAACGGCAGGAAAUGAAUUCCGUUAAGCUUGGUUUGGAAAUUUCGGGAAUACACGACACUAAAGUGCAUCGGAUUCCCAAAGUUCAUACUGUCCAAAGGCUGGCAUUGCCAAGGCAGACCCUUGCUUUGGAUGAAUUGCAGCUUCGCUAUCCAUACUUGCAUGAUCUUCCGGCGGAUUCAUAUUACAAUGUCGAACCAAGAAUAUUGAUUGGAAUCGAUAGUUUCCAUUUGGGGCACACGUUAGACAGCAGAGAGGGGAAGAAAAACGAGCCGAUUGCCACCAGAACACGCUUGGGAUGGAUAGUGUUUGGACCCUGCUCUGUAAUACCCCAAAUUAGUUACAUGGCACAUCAUAGUUUUCAUGUGUGCCAGUGUUGCGAGCGAAACGAUGCUGAGCUGCAUAAAACGGUGAAAGCAUACUUCGCCUUGGAUAGCAUUGGGAUCGGGCACAACAUCAAGCCACUCCUAUCAAAGGAUGAUGAGCGAGCGCAGCAGUUAUUGAAAUCUCUAACUCACGUUAAAGACAGAAGGUACGAGACAGGAUUGCUCUGGCGCAACGAUGAUGUCCGACUGCCUGAUAGCAAACCUAUGGCUGCGAGACGGCUGAGCUGCUUGGAGAAGAGAAUGCAACGAGACCCUGAAAUGGCUGAAUCGUUAAAGGAGAAGAUUAGAGAUUACGAGCGAUGCGGAUAUAUCGUGAGACUGACUGAGAAACAACUAUCCAAGAAAUACCCGCGUGUCUGGUAUCUGCCAAUUUUCCCCAUAGUAAAUCCCAAUAAACCAGGAAAACUACGAAUAGUUUGGGAUGCGGCUGCGAAGGUUGCGGGAGUAUCGUUGAAUUCGUUUUUACUUACUGGGCCGGAUUUACUUCUCUGUUAUCCGUGCUUCAUCGCUUUCGCGAAUUCAGAAUUGCCAUUACCGGGGAUAUACGGGAAAUGUUCCUACAAGUGA